AUGUCUUUCUCGAAAUCAUCCCACACCAUAACUUUGUCAUCUGAUUCCUUUUUGUCUGCAAAAUGCCGGACCUGUGACGGCGAAUGGCACGAAUCCACCAUCAGGCUGAACGACUUCUUGGGCAACGAGGAUGGCGCCUUCCAGCUUGGAGACCGGGAUUUUUCAUUGACGGCCAAAGACGCUGUUGUCGAGCAAACCGAAGACUGCACCGUCUUGAAGGCAUGUUUGAGGAAAAGGGAUGGCACCUGGCAGGACGCAUCUGUUGAGCUCGACGCCUUCAUCUCCAACCAGAAUGGCGAACUCUGCCUGGAGAUUGACGUUUUCCUGCCUUCCAUUUCCGAGGGCAUCACUCAGGAGCUGCAAACCCUGGUAACCAAGUGCGAGGCUUCAGCCAGAGAGCUCCAGGCAGGCAUCCGGAACAGCAUCACCGAGGGAACGUCUUCGGCAUUUUCCUCCAUCUCCUACGCCUUCCAGGGUAUUGAGGAUACCCAGCAUGCAUUGAGAGACGCACGUGUGGAUAUAACUCACACGAUUCAGCACCAAGCCAUCUUCAUAAAUACUCUGUUCAUGAAGAGUAUGAAGGAAUGGACGAUAGUCGAAGAUGCAGUGGCUGCAAGCAGUCAGCGAGUCAAAGAAUUCCAGCACACGCAGUUGCAUGAUGCAACGAUGGAGGUGGAGAGAACAGAGCAGAAGAUUUCAGCUCAGAUAAAAGAGACGCAAAGGAGAAGGACACGGACUGAGGAGCAGAUUAAGUCUUUGCAAAAACAGAUCGAUUUGAAUGAAGAGGCCCAUAAAGCAGCAGAGGAGCAGGCUGAGGCAGCGAAUGGCCGGACGAUUGGAUAUUCGAUUGCCUCUGUGAUACUUCCUUUCAUAUUCAUACCCCUCGCAGUCGCUGCGGGAGAAAGGGAAGACUGGGGCAAACGAAAAGACGGAUUCCGAAGGAAAGUCAACGAAGCAAGAAUGGCCCAAGGCACGCAGAUUCAGCUCUUGCAACGCUUGGAGGAAGGCAUGGAGGAGGCCGAAAGGAGCAAGGAAAAGUGCCUGGCCCUCCGCAGGCAGACAGAAAGGCUUACCGAAGACCUCAACCACUUCGAGGCCGGGAUUCAUGAGUUGAAAAAGAGCAUGACGGUCUUUUCCUUGAGCCUCAGACGAGCCGAGACCAGUGCGGUAACGGCGUUCCAAUACAGCCAGACGCUGGAAGAAGGACGGGCCAUCUUGAACGAUGCUUUACGGCUCAAGUCGGAACUUUCGGAAGGCCAUAAAUUACAACGCAUGCUGGAGAUCUGA